AUGAACCAAAGUGAUAAUGUUUUAAAAGCUGAAUUUGAAGUGACUAAGGAAAACACGCUUAGAAAAAUUAAAAAUGCCAAAGAUAUUUAUUACAGUAAAGAAUUUGAAAAUUGUCUCAGAAAACCUAAAAAAAUGUGGAGAUUAAUCAAUGAUUUAGCAACUAACAAAAUAAAAGAUCAAAGUUCUGCUCCCCCGAAACUUAUAGUCAAUAAUGUCCUAAUAACCGAUCCUGUAAUAAUAUGCGACACAUUCAAUGAGUAUUUCUCUACGAUAGGUACAACUCUUGCUAAUGGCAUUUCGGAUCCUUUUGAACAAUUGGAUGAUGAUUCAUCAGAAUCAUAUAUAAAUCCGAAUCCUCCUCCUCCUCCGAGUAAUGGAAAAGUAUUCUCCCCUUUUGAGAAGAGCUUCACCAGUUCUUGUUAC